AUACACUCCAUACAGGACAGCACUGAUCCCGUAUCACGAGAUGGACCGCAGGCGGAGGGGGAGUGUGUGGAGGGGUCAGCCAAGGGUUCGAUGUCGAUGGAUGUGUGCUGGGCAGACGUGGCUGAGUUGUGGAGCUAUGACAUCCACCCCCGGCACGGUUUUCGCCCGUCCUCGGAAGCAUCACUCGUGGUUGCUGUCGCAUGCAGUGGCGGUCGAGAAGAGCGUGAUUUCAUGGGUCAUUGCUUCAAUCCGGCACCGGAAUCAACCCCCUCAACAGGCCCUGCUACCACCUUGAGCACAAAGAAACGGCAAUGGUCAGCGUGCAGUGCGAAAAAACGUACAUCCAAUUUGGAGCGCGGGGCGGGUCAGCCCGAGAAAAGGGUCAGUACAAAAUUCCUCGAGUUCACCGUCGCGCAGCGACUUCGAACGCAUUUCAGGCAUGUCAUUCUGUGGUGUGCUGCAAGUGUGUCCAAUGGUACGCCCAUGACCCAGGAGGAGGUGUUAGGGGAGUUGGGUUGUGCAGCGGAUCAUUGGGUGGGGGAUCAUUCCCACUGCCAGCGCCCGGGAACGACUCCGCCCCGCUGUAUUUCCGAGGGGUGGGGAGAGGAGAGUGCUAUUUAUGCAAAGGGGUCAGCAGCACACAAGGCAGUGUCCGCGUGGUUCGAGAAGAGGCUAGGGCCAGCACAGGUGGCGCCUUUCAUCCGAGGAGCGAACAGCUCACUCAAUGAAUCAUUUCAUUCGUUGGUGUGCAAGUAUGCUCCGUAACGGUUGCGGUUUCGUGGUAGUAUGGUGGCACGAGUUGCAUUAGCAGUUUUGCACUGGAACAGUUGUGUGGACCGCCUCGUGAAGGGGUAUCGCAUACGGGUGAGGCGGGCGACACGGGUUCAACGGGGCUCGGCAGUUCGUAUCUUGGGGCCCAUGGAUUGGUCUUGGGUAGAAGAGAUCAUGCAGCAGUGGUUGCGGGCGGGUGAGGAGGACCCUGAGGAGGACCCUGAGGAGGCUGAUGACGGGGUGGAGGAGGGCGGAGAUGAGGCAGCCGGGGAUAACUGUCUCACCGAGAACAUCCGGGUGGUGCGCCCAUGCACCGUUGCUGGACCAGCCGCCUCCGGUGACUCGACGCCUAUGAGAGAUCUCACGCUGCAUUUCAACCCCGGCUGCAUUGACUCCCUCGGAUGCGGCAGUGGUAUGACAGGGGUUGGCACCCCUACGCCCAUCCGAAGAGAUGCGCCAGCCCGACGACUCCUCAUUGGUUGGUCGAGUGUACCUUAAUCGUAUUCUGUUUGCCAUGCAUUUUGCCGCACCAUCACACUUCCUCCCAUGCACGUCCGCACAUUUGCCACCAUUGCGCCCAACCAUUCGAGAGUCUAGGAUUGUUCUCCAAACUGCUACACCUAAGGCACAAUGCCCACUUCCACAUGCCCCACCCCUCCCCGCUCCCAUGCAAAGGGAUUGCCAAAGUGCGCUGAAUGGUGCGAUGCCACCGGGUCACCGUUGCGCCACCAUGGCUGAUUCAACCCCUGCAGUGGUUGCCACCGGGGCCAUUCGCAGAAGGUUUGUCCUCUGCAGAAGUAUCGCGCAGAAGACAUUUCUGCGGGCGACCCUUUCGGCAGAAGCGACUCUACAGAAAUGCGUUCCGGCAGGACCUCGGGCAGAGUGGCGUAAGAACCUGUUCGUGCAAAAUUACGUUCUGCGGGAGUUCGGGAGAAAUGCAAUACGGCUACAGUAUCUCUUCUGUGACGACCCCCUCGGCAGAAAUGAAAAUCGGCAGAAGUGCAGCAAGAGAGUCAUCUCGGACUUCACUUCUGCGAGCGACCCUUCGACAGAAAUAACAAGGAAUUAUUUUUUCUGCGAAGGUAGGUUCCGAAAUCGCGAGAAAUUCGCGAUUUCGUAAGUUAACCUCAGAACCGAUCUGGACCAAAACGGCAAAAUCUACCUGCGACAUUGAGAAAUUGAACACGUUGCGCCCCCAACUUGCGCGUGGUAACGGUUGGGCGACUCAAGAUCGUAGGCGGAGGUGACACAGCUGGGGUCAUCGGUGGUUGGGGACGGUAUCCGCUAGCCAUAUGGGUCUUGAGUUGUUGAGUGUUACAAUAAACAUGGUUUUAGGAUGCUUGUUGGGUAAUCAAUCAGUAAACAUGGCCAUGAGGCCGUGCAACACGUAUGUCCAAUGGCCACUCUUGUGGCUGAUGGUUUCAGCUAGCCCCCUUCUGCCUAGAGUAUUUAUGCAUAUGAGU